AUGUUUAAAUCGAUUGAUGCUCAAGAUAUUGAUAUUAUUUUAGCACCAUAUGCAGACAACUCAAUCGUAUUUCGAGCAGAUCCAGAGAAUUCUGAUAUCAUUUUACAAAUAUUGAAGUCAUCUUUCGAUGAAUCAGAUUUAACUUUUUACAAUUUACAAAUUGACCUCGAAAAGACAUAUAAAUCAAUUCUUGACAAGUUAAUCGGCGAUGCAUCAAUGAGUAAUGAUAUAAAAAAUGUUUAUUAUUCGUCAGAAUUAUUUAUUGCAACAAAAUCUACGAUAUGGUUAACGUUUUACAACUUCCUUCAACCAUGUCAUAUUGUACCAGAACUAGAUCAAAUGAAAUCUAAAGUAUUUGACUCAUUAGCGUUGAAAUACUACCAAUUUCGAAUGAUUUUACUUGAUGAUAAAAGGAAAUCAGCUUCCAAGUUCUUUUACAAUUGGACAAUUCUUUCAGUUGCAUUAUUUUUCAAUAUAAUUUUAGAGGAAUUUCCAGAUUCUCCAUUUUACCAAAAUUCUGCAUUUAUUGAAAGAGCAGAAACAGUAACACAAGAGUUACUAAUAGGAUUUAAGCCAGAAGAUGCUUCUUUUCAUGAAAAAGUUUUAGAAUUUAUUCCAGAUCCGAUUUUCUUUAGGGCAAAGCGCCUUCCAAACUUCAAUGCUCAUCAACAAAUCCUAAAUGAUAUCAUUGGAAAUGAAAUUCAUCAUCAGAAUCAGUUAGCCAACCCUAAUCGAAUUUUAUUUACUUCUCGCGACAACAAUCCAUUGCUUGCAAGAGCUUUGGAGUUAAGGUCUUUUAAAAAUAAAACUACAGAUUCAAAAAUCAGCACAAGAAACAUCAUGAUGAAUAAAACUGGUCCAUCUACUUCUCGCGAUUUUGUCCUUGAUGCAAAACUUUGCAAAGAAAACAGCGAACGAGCAAGAAGAGCUCACAUGCAAAAUAUUCAAUCUAAUUUGAGACAAAUUUGUUCUAAAGAAGCUAAUCUUGUGCUUUCAAUUGAACAGAAUGCAGUUUUAUGCAAAAGAGUUCUUAAAAAUAGACUCCAAGCCAAAGAAGUUAUUGAUGGGAUUGAAGAACGGCAGAAAUCGAGAAAAACAGGCAAACCAUAUAAGAAAAAUGAUGUUUACGAUGAAGAAGAAAAGCAUUCUUAG